CUGGCAUAGGACCUGACUUGGUCGUCAGACACUGCGCAGAUGUGCAAUUUUUUUCAGAUUAUUCAUGUAAUCCUGUAGGUUUUCCUGGAACGAUUUCAGUCCGAGGCAGGCCGAGACUCGAGAUAGGCACAAUGGAGAUUCUCACCUUACUAGUCUGACUUGGUCACUUGCAGUCCCGAGCAGAAAAGAGAGAGAGAGAGAGAGAGAGAGAGAGAGAGAGAGUCCAGGGCCAAUUGGAAUUGGGAGAGUAUCCACCACUUGUCCUGGACAGUCAAUGAGAUGUUCCACUGGGUGGUUGACGUGUGUGAAAGGGUUCAUUGAUUGCAGACCAUCGCGCUUCUCGUGGACUGCACUAGAGCUUCAGUAUCAGUGAAGUUUGUGUUUGUACAGUAUAGACCAUUCGGUUGUCUGCACAAUGACUGGAUCUACGGAGCAUAACGAUGCGGUGGUCAUUGUGACUGUUCAGCUUGUUAUCAGUCUUCUCGUUAUGCCCAUAACACCGAUGCUGUGGAUCUGCGGAGCGGGACACAUGACCAGUACCGUGCAACGACUCUCCAGAACCUCGCCCGUUGUCUGGAGCAUCUUCUUCAGCAUCAUGAUGCCUGGACCAAUGACCUUCUACUCCACUGUGCUGCGUCACGCACUCGUCCCUGCCGACUGGUACAACCUAGCGGUCAGGACACUGAUAGGGGCACUUCUGGUCCUGAUGGUGGCACCCGGGUCAUACUUCCUGGCCCGAUUCUUCCGGUGGGGCACCAGACCCGAGCCUCCUCACCCCACAUUGUCCCGAUCAGCUCCAGCAGAGGAAAGUGCUGCUUUAGCGGAGAACAAGAAGACAGGUGCCAAUUCGGACAAAGAGUCGGCAUUGAAGCGACAUAGCUACCUGACCACAAAGUACAGAUUCAUUCAUUUCCUUUACUCCGGUCUCCAGUGGGCGUUAUAUGUGUUGGAUUUCUUCUUCCCGGUCAUCGAAUCCAUCGGCGUGGAGGUGGCGUGGCGCGUGUACCUGCUAUCGCGCCUGCUGUUCGCGUUAGGGCCCGAGGCGGCACUGAUAUCAAUGGCCAUACUCUCCACGCUCUCCGACCUGCCGUCCGUGCUGUACGUAGUGUGUUCCGACACGCCUAUCAUCAUACAGUACGCCAGUAGGGACGAUCCUGAGGAUAGGCGACUGUUCUAUCGCGAUGCGCCGCCAGCCUCAACCACCAUCCUGUACACACUGCACACGGUUCUGUUUAACUGUGUGCUGGGGAUGCUUGUACUCAUGUCGAACUUCUGCGUCUGGCCAUCCGUACUCCUGUCCCUGUACUGGAGUCACGUGUCGAAGAUCGUCUCCGGACGAAUGUUGGUCUCAACGUAUCUGCCGGUGGGAAUGGAAGCCCUUGCUAUGUCUCGCCUCAGCCACGAGCAGGACAAGUUCAUCAUCAAGUCCUGGAUUCGCGGACCGGCCUGGAAGGUCAGCUGUGAAGGCCUGGCUGGCAUCCUGGUGGCGUUGCCCGUUGCCGUGGCGACGUAUCACUAUGCCGGUGGCGUGUCGGAGUGGCGCGAGGCAGUGAAAGGUGUUCUUCCGCCGCAUACACUCCUGUAGUAGCUUCAGCUACCGCUGUACAGGAAUACUGAUAGCCUCAGUUCCCAUUGGACAGGCACGUUUCGUGGCAUUCAGCCACAUGAAUUUCCAUGUUCUCAACCCAGGAAGAAGCAACCCAAGGGAACGAGGCCCAGAAGUUCCCGACAUACAUGUACAUGUAUGGCGGGCGGCGCAGACCUGGAGUGAUGUGCAUGUACCUGGUACCCCUAACUAUGCCAUGAUUGGCUAUCUCUAGCUCUGUGGCUGUUGAUAACAUACUGAGCCACGGGACUGGGUACAAUCCUGCCCUUCAUCGCCAUUAACACGUACACAGAGACACUGCAACAGGUCUAUGACCAAGUGACUUCAUUUGCCGACAGAGAAGUUUACAUUGGUCCGGAAAAAAAACUAGGAGAUCAGUUUGAGAUUGAUGCUGUUGAUGCCAAACCUCCUCGAACAGACUGAUGAAAUUAGGAAUUUGGACGGAGAACUGUGUACUACAGUAGAUAUGACAGUGUAUUGUUUAAGCCCUGAUUGAUUUCUGCUACUGGCAAUCAUUAUAAUGUUCAGUGUACUUAUACUUCGCUACAUUGCUAAACACACUACCCUGGGAAAAGCCUAGCACGUUCCCUAUCUCCACCACCACCCAACAUGCUUUGUAAGCAUAAUAUACCUGGCACCCACAGAUGAAGUACUCAAUUAAUUGAGUUGUCCAAGACACACGCUAUCAUGUGACCUGUUACUACUCUUGCCUCGAAUGUCAGGGAGCGGUAUCAGAAUGCCAUCGGAAAGGUUGCGAAUCAUACCAAUCAUAAUUAUUAUCACUAUCAGUAUCAAAUGCAUGUGCAUCUGUAGCUGACAGUUGUCAGCCAGCUUAUACUUGAGAAGCAUAAUGCCCAUUGCUAUUAAUGGCAUUGCAAAGAGAGAGUGCACACGUACAUGUAUUAUGUACAUCAGACACUCAAUCUCCGGGCAGGUAGCGGUCGCAUUAAUGGUUAAAUCCCACCAAAGGUACAUGUACAUGUACGAGGGUGAAAUUCAUCGCACCACUACUGCACUAGUAUCCUUAGAUAGAAACACUACUAAGCAGCUACAUGUUUGCCAUAAAUCUAUACAUGUACCCCGUUGCAUUGCUCAUGCGGAUGGCUGUUUCAAGUUGGCCAGAUCUCUACGUCGAUCCACGGUGAGUUUCAUUCGCACAGCGUUAGCCUGGAAUAGCGAUAUAAUUACACCGGUAUUAAUUAACCUGCUCUUUUCACUUCAAAUUUCUAGUGGAAAAGUCA